UCCCGGUCAGUUCUCGAGGGCUCCCGUGUUUCACGCCGGGACUGGACCAAGAGAGAGGUGGAGUCUUUGGGCUUUGAGCUCUAACUCACCCCAUGCCAAUCCCCCUCUCCACACUUUCUGCCUCCUUUCUCGCACCGUACUCGGACGGGACACACAGCCGCGCAAUGGAGUCGGAAGGCAGCCAAAGUAACCUGUCCUCCUCGGACUCUCCACAUGACCCCUGUAAGAUGUUCAUCGGGGGUCUGAGCUGGCAGACGACGCAAGAGGGUUUGAAGGACUACUUCUGCAAGUUUGGUGAAGUGAAAGACAGUAUGGUGAUGAGAGAUCCAGUUACAAAACGCUCGAGGGGUUUCGGAUUUGUCACAUUUGUUGACCAAGCUGGUGUGGACAAAGUCCUGGCCCAGUCCAGACAUGAGCUGGACUCGAAAACUAUUGACCCGAAAGUUGCCUUUCCGCGACGGGCCCAGCCUAAGUUGGUGACUCGGACAAAGAAAAUCUUUGUUGGAGGUCUGUCAGUGAACACUACUAUUGAAGAUGUAAAGCAGUACUUUGACCAGUUCGGAAAGGUGGAUGACGCCAUGCUUAUGUUUGACAAAACCACCAACAGACACAGAGGGUUUGGAUUUGUGACCUUUGAGAAUGAAGAUGUGGUGGAGAAAGUCUGUGAGAUCCACUUCCAUGAAAUCAACAACAAGAUGGUGGAGUGUAAGAAGGCCCAGCCCAAGGAAGUGAUGUCACCCACAGGCUCUUCAAGAGGACGUGCACGUGUCAUGCCCUAUGGGAUGGACGCCUUCAUGCUCGGCAUAGGAAUGCUGGGUUACCCAGGGUUCCAGGCAGCAACAUAUGCAGGUCGCAGCUAUACUAGUCUCACACCAGGAUACACAUAUCAGUUCCCCGAAUUCCACUUAGAGAGGACCCCCCUUCUGACAUCACCCCACCCCCCUGAGCUCACAGCCAUUCCUCUAACGGCGUACAACCCCAUGGCGGCAGCCGCAGCAGCAGCAGCUGUGGUCAGAGGCUCAACUUCUUCUCGCUCAGCUGGGUUUUUAGGUACCAGCAGCCCUGGGCCGAUGGCAGACUUGUAUGGAACGGCCAAUCAGGACUCAACCGUCAGUAGCUAUAUCAGCGCUGCAAGUCCCGCCCCCAGCACUGGAUUCAGCCACAGCCUCGGGGGCCCUCUGAUUGCCACAGCAUUUACUAACGGCUAUCACUGAAAUGAGUGACAGGGCCCUCUGAUUGCCACAGCAUUUACUAACGGCUAUCACUGAAAUGAGUGACAGGUACUAUAGUAUUCAUGGUUCUGACGUCUUCCCCACAUCUUAAGGAAGGAUUUUUGAAGUAUGUGGUGAUUUCAAUCGAAUAUAACGGAUGCGAUCUACGUGCCGCAGGGUUUAUUUUCUCAAGCUCUCUGUUUUUGAAUGUUUUUUUUUUUUUUAUGACAACCCUAAACUGGUGGAAUGUCAGCUGCAACACUAUUAAUGUGAUGUGACAUAUUUCCUGUUUUAUGAAUUACUGUCAUAGUCUCUAAACUAACCUCCUGCUCCUCUUAUAUAGAGCCAAACCUGUAUAUAACUAGUUCAUUCCUCGGAUUUAAACACUAACAACUUAAGUGUAUUUUUUGUCUCAUUUUAUUUCUCUCUCUCUCUCUCUUCAGUUUUUGUUCAAAUUUUGUCUUUUUUGUGUUGACAUAAUGUACAUGUAAGUUUGUAAUUGUAGAAAAGCAUCUUCAUUUUAACUGCAUAAGAGCAAUAAUCUGUCAAAACUCUGGAUCUUUGUAGCGUAUUUAAAAGACUAAAUCGCUUUCAGACACAUUUGGUACAUUUUCUACUGAAGAAUAUAGUGUGAUGGGAUGUCAAAAUGUAUAUUUUGUUAGUUUUGCAACUGGAUUUAUUACAUUGAUCAUGAAAAUAGCAGUAAUUAUAAGGAGAACAUAUUUCUCAGACUUAGAUUCGAACUUGUUUGUGUAAAAUAUUGUACAUAAUAUCUUUUUGAUCUGGUAAGAUCUGUCGGCAUGAUUAAGAGAGUUUUUUUACCCUCAAGAACGCAAACACAUGAUAAUCUGUGUCCAAAAGUUUUUUUUUUUUGUUGUUGUUUUUGUUUCAUGAUUUGAUGAACUUAAAAUUGUUUUAUUUUGUUUAUUUUGGUUUUUAGUUGUUGUUGUUUUUUUUGUGAGAGAAGGUAAUGUGAAUGAUGCUACUGUUGAGUCAGUGUGUGUGUGUGCGUGUGUGUCUGUGUUUGAGAGUGAAAGCAUGUCUGGUGCUGUCAUGAUCUAAUGUAUUAUCUUCAGUAAGAUGUUUUAAAAUGUGAAGUGUAACCCCUAUUUCCAUGCUGUUUUGUUGCUUUUACCAAGUUUAUAUCCACAGCACAAUUCCUCUUUAAGAGGGUUAAAGUGUUGUAAUAAUUGGAAUAUAAAUAUGCUUCAAUUAACUGAAGACUCUGGUACUGGUGGAGAAAAAAAAGUAGCAACACUAAUAUAACACUUUUUAUGAAGUAAACAGGAUGGCUGUUAUUAAUUAAAAGUUUUAAUGUUUCUUGUUUGAAGCUUGACCCUCUGAAAAUUGAAAUAAAAACAAAUAUAAAAGUAAA